UAUAAUGGAGAGAGAGAAGAGGAAACAAGAAAUAGAGAAAGGACUUCAAUUCAUUCAGUCCACAUUACCCCUAAGCCAAGAAGAUUAUGAGGCCUUUUUGCAGAAGCUGGUGAGAAACUUGUUUGCAGAGGGCAAUGAUUUGUUCCAGGAGAAGGAUUUCAAGCUUUCCCUGGUACAGUACGUAGAAGGGCUGAAUGUGGCAGAUUACGCAGCCUCUGAUGAGGUGACCAUCCCAAAGGAACUCCUCUGCAAGCUACAUGUCAACCGAGCUGCCUGCUACUUUGCCAUGGGGUUGUAUGAGAAGGCACUGGAAGACAGCGAGAAGGCUUUAAGUCUUGACAAGGAGAACAUCCGAGCGCUAUUCCGGAAAGCCCGUUCCUUAAAUGAACUUGGAAGACACAAAGAAGCAUAUGAGUGCAAUAGCAGAUGCUUGCUSUCCCUCCCACAUGAUGAAAGCGUCACACAGCUGGGACAGGAGCUUGCCCAGAAGCUGGGACUGCGGGUUCGAAAAGCAUACAAAAGACCUCAGCAGGAAUUGGAAACAUUCUCACUACUCAGUAAUGGCAUGUCAAUCAAUUCAUCAAACCAGACUACUUCCAUUGGAUUGGGCUCGAUAGAUGACAUUGAAACAGACUGCUCUGUGGACCCGCAGUGCCUCCCAGCUCCUGUGGCCACCUCCAUCCCUGUGAAUGAGGGGCUGUCCCCUUUGUCCUCUGACUCAGAUGCAAAGGGCUUGCCCACGUCACUUCCUGCUGCCAGCUUGCUCCCAUCUCCAGACUGUGUACCCUUGCCUGAGAAUGUGGAGGACUUCACAGAUGGGGACAUCAUUGGGGAAGAACUAGACUCUCUCCUGGAUUCCCUUGCCGAAGGGUCAUCAUACCCUCUAUCUCUGGUCCAGGGCACCAUUCCUACCAACCUGCCAACAGAGAUGCCCCAGUUGAUUCCUGUGUUUCCGGGGGGAACUCCGCUGCUGCCUCCAGUUGUGACAGCCAGCAUCCCUGUCUCCACUCCUCUGCCACCUGCCUCCUUUGGCCUGGUGAUGGAUCCCACCAAGCAGCUCUCCUCCUCCUCUGUCCUGGAUGCCUUCGAGGCCCCACCAGGAGGAAGUGGCAGCUCCACUUUAGAUUCCCUGGAUUCCUUGGAUCUGCUUUCAUACACAGAUACACGGCUCGAUGCCCUGGACUCCUUUGGGACAAGCAGGGGAUCGCUGGAUACCUUGGAUUCCUUUGCCAUUGAAGAAACUAGCUCUCAGGAACUGCGACACCCACCUGGCAGCCAAAAACCAGCCCCAGUGGUGAGUGAGCUACUGCCCCAUGCUGAUGUCCCAGAGUGCUCUGGAGCCAAGGUCAGCCUUGGUGGAGUGAGUCACUCAGCUGUGCCCAAGGCCACCGAGCACCUGCUGUCCCAGCCAGAACCAGUAAUGCCCAACACGGCCCUGCUGGUGAAGAACCCCCUUGCAUCUACUCAUGUUUUCAAACAAGCCUGUCAUAUCUGCUACCCCAAAACAGGGCCCAAGGCUGGUGAUUACACCUAUCGGGAAGGCUUGGAGCACAAGUGCAAGCGGGACAUCCUCCUGGGCAGGCUGAAGAACUCAGAAGACAAGACCUGGAAGAGGAUCCGUCCCCGCCCAACCAAAACCAACUUUGUAGGAUCCUAUUAUCUCUGCAAAGAUAUGCUUAACAAGCAGGACUGUAAGUACGGGGAUAACUGCACCUUCGCGUACCACCAGGAAGAGAUCGACGUGUGGACGGAGGAGAGGAAGGGGACCCUCAACCGUGACCUCCUCUUUGACCCGCUAGGUGGGAUCAAGCAGAGCAGCCUCACAAUUGCCAAGCUCCUCAAGGAACAUCAGGGCAUCUUCACCUUCCUCUGUGAGAUUUGCUUUGACAGCAAACCCCGGAUUAUCAGCAAAGGGACCAAGGACACGCCAUCUGUCUGUUCCAACCUUUCUGCAAAACACAGUUUCCAUGACAACAAGUGUCUGGUCCACAUUGUUCGUUCCACCUCCCUGAAAUAUUCRAAGAUACGUCAGUUCCAGGAGCACUUCCAGUUCGAUGUGUGCCGACAUGAGGUGCGUUAUGGCUGCCUGCGUGAGGACAGCUGCCACUUCGCUCACAGUUUCAUUGAACUCAAGGUCUGGCUGCUGCAGCAAUAUUCAGGAAUGACCCACGAAGAUAUCGUUCAGGAGUCUAAGAAGUACUGGCAGCAGAUGGAGGCACAUGCCAACAAACCAGCCAACAGCGUGGCUUCUUCCCGGACUCCCACGUCAAGCACCUUUGACCUCCAGAUGAAAUUUGUGUGUGGCCAGUGCUGGAGGAAYGGACAGCUGGUGGAGCCAGACAAAGACCUCAAGUACUGUAGUGCCAAAGCCCCCCACUGCUGGACAAAAGAACGUCGUGUCCUGCUGGUGAUGUCCAAAGCAAAGAAGAAGUGGGURUCUGUCCGACCAUUGCCUUCCAUCCGCAACUUUCCACAGCAAUAUGAUUUGUGUAUCCAUGCACAGAAUGGUAGGAAAUGCCAGUAUGUGGGCAACUGCUCCUUUGCCCACAGCCCUGAGGAGAGAGAAAUGUGGACCUUCAUGAAAGAGAAUAAAAUACUAGAUAUGCAGCAGACCUAUGACAUGUGGCUAAAGAAACACAAUCCUGGAAAGCCUGGAGAGGGAACUCCACUCACCUCACGAGAAGGGGAGAAGCAGAUCCAGAUGCCCACUGACUAUGCUGAUAUCAUGAUGGGCUACCACUGCUGGCUUUGUGGGAAGAACAGCAACAGCAAGAAGCAAUGGCAGCAGCACAUCCAGUCGGAGAAGCACAAGGAGAAGGUCUUCACCUCAGACAGUGACUCCAGCUGCUGGAGCUACCGCUUCCCCAUGGGUGAAUUCCGGCUCUGUGAAAGGUUCCAGAAGAACAAGGCCUGUCCUGAAGGAGAGGAGUGUCGCUACGCCCAUGGGCAGGAUGAGCUGACRGAAUGGCUAGACCGGAGGGAAGUGCUGAAACAAAAACUGGCCAAAGCCCGCAAGGACAUGCUGCUCUGCCCCAGGGAUGAUGACUUUGGGAAAUACAACUUCCUAUUGCGGGAUGAUGUAUAGUAAGGGCUGGGGGGAGUCUGUCAGCAGAAACACAGGGUGGGUUUUCUGAGUGGCAGUAGCAGGGAGAGUGAGAUCUGUGUCUUGCAAAGAUAACUUCUACUUUUCUUUAGUUUUAAGAUUAUGAGAUGAUGAUUUAUUAAUGGUGAAUKAAUUCAUGAAUUUAAUUCUCAUUGGCCAGCGAACACCAUGCUCACUGAGUUUGUGAUCCAUCUUUUCUCUCUUCUUUUGCCCAAAUUCUCCUUCCACUUCAUCUUUUUUUUUUCACUGUCCUUCUUUCAAAGGAAUUAAUUCAGUGUGUACUGGGCUGCAAAUCAGAGAUUUUCUCCUUGUAUCAUUCUUCUUUCAGUUCAGAGUAUGACGGUGGAGGUCUGUAGGACAAAGCUGAGAUAGAAGGCCAGAAAAGUUGUGGGUGCCCCAUCCCUGGAAGGCUGGGAUGGAUAGAGCUCAGAGCAGCAUGGUCUAGUGGAAGGUAUCCUUCUAAAUGACAGGGGGAUUGGAACUASAUGGUCUUUAAGGUCCCUUCCAACCCAGGCCGUUCUAUGGUUUUAUGGCAACUGGUGAAAAGGURAUCAUGAAUUUCACGUGUUCCUUUUCUCAGUGCUGCAGAGUAAGCCCCACUUACCUUGCUGCAGUCCUCCUGCUCUCUGGGGAGUUAGGAGAAAUAGGAAUUGAGGUGCAAAGAAGAAACCCACUAGAUGCAGCUUAAAACAUUUAGACUUAUGCUCCAGCUGUCUGUAUUGCCCUGAGGCAUCAACUGGUCCYGAGGAGGUUAACAGCUGUGUGGUGUAACAAGUGCAAGGCAAAARCAGCAAAAUAAUGGAACUGCUUGCAGCAGCAGGAGCUGGGUUGUAGGUGACUUCAGCUAAAUGUACUCAAAAAGCAAGUUGGGGACUUCUCGUUAGAUGUCUUUUUCAGUGUCUGGCAGGUAUUCAGGGCAGAUAGUUUGGGUUUGCUUUUAAGACUGGUGUGGCUGGUGCAAAUAAAACAAACCCCUCUAGGAGGUGUAGUGGAGUCUGACACAGCAGUACUGAAGUCUCCACUCAGUAGUAGCAGUCAGGAGGGAGGCGAUUACCGAAAGGAGCCUGUGUUUCUGCAUUGCCUUGAGUCCUGAAGAGAAAGAGGGAAGUAAUGGURUUGCUUUCUUGCUCUUUAAAUGGCAUGUGUUUCUGGUUACUUAGAGCUGGAUUUUUCCUAGCACUGCCAGAACUG